UGCUCUGUGCUGACAGCCGCUCCGGCUGGGUGUUUGCAUACAAAGGCGGCCACACGCGCGCGCGUCGCUCCUAAGUCCUCUUGGUUCAGACAAUGAAUUACGUGGGGCAAUUGGCCGGCCAGGUGUUUGUGACGGUGAAGGAGCUCUACAAGGGACUGAACCCCGCCACACUGUCAGGAUGCAUCGACAUCAUUGUCGUCCGCCAGCCCAAUGGCAGUCUGCAGUGCUCCCCUUUCCAUGUCCGCUUCGGAAAGAUGGGUGUCCUCCGCUCCCGCGAGAAAGUGGUGGACAUAGAAAUCAAUGGGGAGUCUGUGGAUUUGCACAUGAAGCUGGGGGACAAUGGAGAAGCAUUUUUUGUUCAAGAGACUGACAAUGAUCAGGAAGUCAUCCCCAUGUACCUAGCCACGUCCCCCAUCCUGUCAGAAGGAGCUUCGAGGAUGGAAAGCCAGCUGAAGAGGAACUCUGUGGACAGAAUCAGGUGCCUGGAUCCCACUACAGCUGCCCAGGGCCUGCCUCCCAGCGACACCCCAUCCACUGGUUCUCUGGGGAAGAAGAGAAGGAAAAGGAGGAGGAAGGUCCAGUUGGACAAUCUCAAAAGAGACGACAAUGUCAACACAUCUGAGGAUGAGGACAUGUUUCCCAUAGAGAUGAGCUCGGAUGAGGACACAGCACCGAUGGAUGGGAGCAGAACUCUUCCUAAUGAUGUCCCACCAUUCCAAGAUGAUAUUCCUAAGGAAAACCUCCCCUCGAUUUCAUCAUAUCCACAGUCAGCAUCGUACCCCAAUUCAGACAGAGAGUGGUCCCCCAGUCCCAGCAGCCUGGUAGAUUGCCAGAGGACCCCCCCUCACCUGGCCGAGGGAGUUCUUUCUAGCUCUUGCCCUCUGCAGCCUUGCCACUUCCAUGCUUCGGAAAGUCCUUCAGGCUCCCGGCCCUCAACACCAAAAAGUGAUUCUGAGCUGGUCAGUAAGUCUGCAGACAGGUUGACCACAAAGAAUAACCUGGAAAUGCUCUGGCUAUGGGGUGAAUUGCCACAGGCUGCAAAGGCAUCUUCUCCACACAAGAUGAAAGAGUCCAGCCCCUUAGGGAGUCGGAAGAUUUCUGAUAAAAUUCAUUUUCAGACCAUUCAUAGUGAGUCUUCAGACACUUUUAGUGACCAGUCACCAACAAUGGCCCGGGGGCUGGUCAUCCACCAGAGCAGGGCUCAGACGGAAAUGCAGUUUGUGAAUGAGGAGGAUCUUGAGUCUCUGGGGGCGGCAGCCCCACCCCUACCUGUGGCCGAAGAGCUCAAGUCCCCAGCUUCCAGCACGACGCAGUCAUCAAGCAAGACAGAGUCCCCUUCCAGGAAAAAAGAUAAGCGAAGCCGGCACCUUGGCGCUGAUGGCGUUUACCUGGAUGACCUCACAGACAUGGACCCUGAAGUGGCCGCCUUGUAUUUCCCCAAGAAUGGGGAUCCUGGCGGACUCCCCAAACAAGCCAGUGACAACGGAGCCAGGUCAGCCAACCAGUCCCCACAGUCGGUGGGCAGCUCAGGCAUCGACAGCGGUGUGGAGAGCACCUCCGACAGCCUGAGGGACCUGCCAUCUAUAGCCAUCUCCCUCUGUGGGGGCCUCAGUGACCACAGAGAGAUCACCAAAGAUGCAUUUUUGGAACAAGCCGUGUCAUAUCAGCAAUUUGCUGACAACCCUGCCAUCAUUGAUGACCCCAACCUCGUGGUCAAGAUUGGUAAUAAGUAUUACAACUGGACAACCGCAGCUCCUCUACUUCUUGCGAUGCAGGCUUUCCAGAAACCUUUGCCAAAGGCCACUGUGGAAUCCAUCAUGAGAGAUAAGAUGCCAAAAAAGGGAGGAAGAUGGUGGUUUUCCUGGAGAGGAAGAAAUGCCACAAUCAAAGAGGAAAGCAAGCCCGAGCAGGGCCUGACUGGGAAGGGCCUCAAUACCGGAGAGCAGCCUGCACAGCUCGGCCUGGCCACCAGGAUAAAGCAUGAGUCAUCCUCCAGCGAUGAAGAGCACGCGGCUGCCAAGCCAUCGAGUUCGAGCCACCUCUCGCUCUUGUCCAACGUCAGCUACAAAAAGACCCUGCGGCUCACGUCGGAGCAGCUGAAAAGCUUGAAGUUGAAGAACGGCCCCAAUGAUGUGGUGUUCAGUGUCACCACCCAGUACCAGGGCACCUGUCGCUGUGAGGGCACCAUCUACCUGUGGGACUGGGACGACAAGGUCAUCAUCUCGGACAUUGAUGGGACCAUCACCAGAUCUGAUACUCUGGGUCACAUUUUGCCCACACUGGGAAAGGAUUGGACUCACCAGGGCAUUGCAAAGCUAUACCACAAAGUAAGCCAGAAUGGCUACAAGUUUCUCUAUUGUUCUGCGCGUGCCAUUGGGAUGGCAGACAUGACGAGGGGCUAUCUGCAUUGGGUCAACGAGAGGGGCACAGUGCUGCCCCAGGGGCCGCUCCUGCUCAGCCCCAGCAGCCUCUUCUCCGCCUUGCACAGAGAAGUGAUUGAAAAGAAGCCAGAAAAGUUCAAAGUCCAGUGUUUGACAGACAUCAAAAACCUGUUUUUCCCAAACACAGAACCCUUCUAUGCUGCUUUUGGGAACCGGCCUGCUGAUGUGUAUUCCUACAAGCAAGUAGGCGUGUCCCUGAAUAGGAUCUUCACGGUCAACCCCAAGGGUGAGCUGGUGCAGGAGCAUGCCAAGACCAACAUCAGCUCGUAUGUGCGGCUCUGUGAAGUGGUCGACCACGUCUUCCCAUUGCUAAAGAGAAGCCAUUCCUGUGACUUCCCCUGUUCAGACACUUUCAGUAACUUCACCUUUUGGAGAGAGCCACUGCCACCUUUUGAAAACCAGGACGUGCAUUCAGCUUCAGCUUGAUGCGACCGAGCAUUAAAGGAUAGGUUGUGGGGACCCUGGAGCUGCUGGGAAGGCUGAUAUGUGGCCAUCUGCCUAAGAGAGAAGCAUUUCUCCCUCGACUCGCUCGCUCGCUCGCCCCAGGGUGACACUUCUAAGCAUGGAGGGCAGAUAGAGGCUGCAUCUCGUCCCAUAGGCUGCAAGAGGAUUGGGUGUGCUAGUGUGCAGAGCAGCCCUCAGCCUGGGUUUAGCACACGUAAUGCUGAACCCUCCAGUCCAGUCUGCUCCAGCGAUUAGUUAAUGUGCAAUACGGGCGAUGACCCCUUAGCAGAGGUGGGCAGGCCACCUGAGAGCCGUCUCGGUAUCGCUGCGCCCCCACCCCCCGGAACUCUGAUGUGCAUAAUCAUCGGUAGCAUCAGGGGCACGUUACCCUGACAGUGACAUCCAUGCCACCUUCUGCACAUAGGGAUGCCUGUGUCCCGAGUCUAAGUGAAGGGAACAUGGGCCUCGCGGGGUCUCAGCCUUGGCUUUGACUUUUUCGAUGUUCCCUUGUGGUAUUGCCAGCUUAGUGUCACUUUAGGCGAUAAGCUCUUUAAUUGCUUUGGUUGAAGGUCUUCAAUGCAGCUGCACCUCUCCCGUUCCUCAGCUCAAGGCUGGGCUACUUAUGCCUUAACGCAUCUGCAGCAGGCAUUUCCUCAGCGUGCACUGUCUAGCUCUCUAACUGCAAUGCCUUACAUUACAAUGGUAGUCCCCAAGGCAGCGCCCAUGGCGCCUCAGCACCUCUGCGUCCUGCUACCCAGCAAGGAGGCGCCACUAGUGUGGAUUCGAACAGCAUUUCCGCCAAAUGGGAAGGAUGCCGCUAAAGAAACUGUUUUUUUUUAAGAAACAUGGUUUCCAGAAGUUAAAUUAUUUUCUUUGCAGACAUUAUUUAUUACUUUACUGUCACUGGGCUGCUGUUGUGAGCAUCCGAGCCAGAUUGUUAGGCUUAUAGCUGUCAUGAAUGCAUUAAAAGUUAAGUGUGCUAGACAAUCCAAAGAGCCUUAUUCUGUGGAUGCCACUCUGAUCUGCAAUCUCCAAGUCACAGAUUUUUCUUAGUCCCCCCCCCCCAGUCUAAGGGCAAGAAAAAAAAAGUAAUAAUUAAAGUGUUGUUCUUUAAGCUGAUAGAGGGUAGCUGUGAAUUUUCUUAGAACAAUGUGAAAAAUGAAAGAAGUAUUUUGGUAAAAGAUUUUGCUUUACUUUGAAAGUAUUAUUUUUUUAAAGGGUGAUUUACUCCAGAGACCUUUCUAUUUAAAUUUCAUUGUUAGAGUUAGAGGAGACAGGAAAAAAAAAAAAGGAAAAAAAGAAAAAGAAGGAUAGAAAGACGAGUUAAAGAAAAAAGCAGUAGAAUAGACUGUUACUCUUUCUGUGAAAGAAAACCUAGAGUCACUGCCGUUGUAGUCACUUGGCUCUUUUAAGGUCGGAUGUGGUCCACAUAGUUCACAGGAAUGGCCAAUGGAAGGUAACUGUCAUCUGCUGUGGGCGGGCGCCCACUGAUGGAGAAACUCCGGACCUGGGGGUGUGGCUCCCUUCUGGGAGUCAUGAAGGUCUCUAAGCAUAGCUCUUCCUAGUUUAUUCUCAAAUGGCCUUCAGAGGCCAUGGUAAUCCUCCUGCCACCAGGGUGGUUUUGUGUGUAUCUUGAUUGCUGUGGACUGUGUAUGAGCUCUGUGGCCCGCAGAGGGUCACAGCCGUCUCCCUCAUGCCCAGGGGAAGCUUUGGAAUCUUUUCGAGAGCCCUCUGCAGCCUGCUGUCCAGGUAGUUUUCUGACAGCAUGCUAGGACUUGAGCAGGGUCUCUCUCUAACCAAGGCUGGUCUGCAAAGCCCCAUCUCAGACAUACAGCAGUCCUUCCACCUGCCUUGGGAACCUAGUCUUGAUAGACCUUAAACUUCCCUGUCGCUCUACCCUGGAACAGAGCACACCUUCCACAAAACCACACUCUACGAUCUCUGAAGUCCUUCGAGAGCCCCGUCCAGGCAGGGAUACGGACACCUACUGUUAGGCUCCCUUGUGAGGCCCGAAUGGGAGCUGCUUCUGUGCAUAUCCACUAAACCCCAGGGGCCCCAAGGUCAUGUGCUAGCAUACUGUAUGAGCACCAUACAUUUCAGAGUUGCUCACGGACACGAGCGACUGCUCCACAGUGACACGUCCUCAGGUGGUGAUCCCACAUGACAAAGGAGGACACACCCGGCACACGGCAGAGACAGGCUUCUGCCAUCUCAGACAUGUUCCCUCUGGAUUUCAGGUUCGGAUCACUUCUGCAGUAUAUUUUAUUUACAAUGUUGGCUGUGCGUUUGCAAAUGCCGGCGCGAUGGUGAAAAAAAAUCAAUGUAAUAUUUCAUUGUAUUGUGCUUGAUGCAAAGCUAGAAAUUUCUGUAAUAAACAAGAUGGAUGGAAGACUAA